GUUUCAUUUCCUACUUCAAAUUAUGAUGUUCACAUUCGUGGUUGACCGGCUCAAGUAAAAAACGACAUCUACCUUAACCUUACUAUAAAUGUGAUUAUAUCCUGGUAGCCAAUAAUGUUAUCAACUUAUCAUCAAACCAAAACUUCGGUGGUAAGGAUAUUUGGAACUCGUAAAUUAGAGUGAAGCUAAUAAUAUGUUUAGUGUUAAUCCACAAAUGUUAGAGAAAGCACUAAACUUAUUUUACUUACAUCCCCUCUCCUUUGUUUCUUCCUUCUUCCUCUUAAUUUUUCUCUACAAAUGGCUCUCCACUACAUCCUCAAAGGUCCAAAACUUGCCACCAUCUCCACCAAAAGUGCCUUUGUUUGGACAUCUUCCUCAGCUAGGCACACAACCUCACCGCACGCUCCGAUCGUUGUCGGAGCAAUAUGGUGAGCUUAUGUUGCUCUACUUGGGCAAGAGACCUACCCUUAUAGUGUCUUCUGCAAGGGUAGUAAAAGAAAUCAUGAAAACACAUGAUGUAACAUUUUCUAACAGGGCGAAACUUAGCAUAAAUGAUAAGUUGAUAUACAAUUGUAAGGAUGUUGCUGCUUGUCCUUAUGGAGAAUAUUGGAGGCAGAUGAAGAGUAUAUUCAUGCUUCAACUUUUGAGCAAUAGACGAGUAAAAUCUUUUAAGAAUAUAAGAGAAGAAGAAACUAGUCUUAUAGUGGAAAAGAUUCAGAAAAAUAUUGGAUCAGUUGUGAAUUUGAGUGAAAUGUUUGCUACUUUAACAAAUGAUGUGAUAUGUAGGGUUACAUUUGGAAGAAAGUACAAUGAUAAUCAGUUAAGAGGUGUUGAUUUUAAGUGGGUUAUAACUGAAUUUGUGGAGUUGAUUGGGGUUUUUAAUGUUGGAGAUUAUAUACCUUGGUUAGGUUGGGUGAAUAGAUUUAAUGGUUUGAAUGCAAGGUUGGAGAAAUGUGCAAAAAGCUUUGAUUUAAUACUGGAAGAGAUUAUUACAGAGCACUCGGAUGUACUUAAAAAAUAUAGUGACAGUGAGACUGAAUUCGAAGCUAAAGAUUUUGUAGAUGUUUUACUUCAGUUCCAGAAGGAAAAUUCAACUGGCUUUGCUCUUGAUAGAGAGAGCAUCAAAGGUUUGAUAAUGGAUGUGUUCGCAGCAGGAACCGAUACUACCUACACAGUACUAGAGUGGGCAAUGGGCGAAGUCUUAAGAAAUCCUAGCGUAAUGCUAGAACUUCAAAGGGAGGUAAGAACAAUUGCCGGAGACAAAGAAAACAUAACCGAAGAAGAUUUAGAGAAAAUGAAGUACUUAAAAGCUGUGAUAAAAGAGAGUCUACGACUACAUCCACCACUUCCGUUACUGGUGCCUCGAGAAUCAACCCAAGACGUAAAAAUAAAUGGUUAUGAUAUUCCUGCAAAAACUCUUGUUUUUAUUAAUGCUUGGGUUGUUCAGAGAGACCCUGAAAUUUGGGAUGAACCUGAAGAGUUUCGUCCAGAGAGGUUCAUGAAUUCCUCGAUGGAGUUCAAGCAGCAAGAUUUGGAGUUGAUUCCGUUUGGUGGCGGUAGAAGGAUUUGUCCUGGAAUGUUAUUUGCGACGGUGAGUAACGAGCUUGUUUUAGCAAAUCUUAUGCACAAGUUUAAUUGGAGGUUGCCUGAUGGAGUUAAACCUGAGACAAUGGACAUGUCUGAAAGCACUGGUGUUACUGUACACAUGAAAAAUCCUCUUCUUGCUGUUGCUACUCCACACCUUUAAUUUAUCAUUAGAGAAUCUUAUAUUACAUCAUUACAUGUAGCAGUUGAGUUAUGAAAAGGAGUGAACUAUACUACUUGAUCACUUGUGAGUCUACGCCAUGUAACAGUCAAAGUUAACCGUUUUCUUAUGGUUUUCCUUGGUCCUUAUUAGUUAUUACCAAUACUCGAAAAAUAGUUUCAUGUUGUUGUGAGAAAUGGAGAGAGAAGUUAUGCAAAUAUAUCAGAGAGUAUUGUAUUGCA